AUGACGAAUGUACGGUACGCCACCGAAGACGACGCGUUUGCGAUUGCAGAACUCAAUGUUAUCUGUUUCAAGCAUGGGCCCCUCCACCGCAAUAUCUUCCGGGAUGUCGACCCGCUAGCCGCGGUCCCCUUGAAACAAUCCCGCUACUACGACAAACUCUCUGACCCCAAGAUACACGUCUUAGUAGCCACGGAUCCGGCUUCAAAUCAAGUUCUGGGCUGCGCGCGGUGGCUGAUCCGGAGUCCCGAGGGGCGCAGCGAGAUGGCGGUGCUAUCGGACGAAGCAAGGGCCAAGGCCGCGCAGACCUUGGAGCUGCGGCCAGCAGGGAUGAAUCUGGCGGUCUACGAGGCAGGCUUGAAAGCGCUGGAGGAGACGAGGAAGAAACACGUGAAGGAGGACGACAUGGUUCUGGAACUUCUGGUGACACAUCCCCAGCAUCAGGGAAAAGGGGUGGGGAAGGCCUUGCUGGACUGGGGAGUGCGAAUCGCGGACGAGAGGAAUGCACGGAUUUAUCUUGAGGCCACGCCGGAAGGGUAUCCGCUGUAUUGCAAGUAUGGAUGGAAGGAUAUUGAGGACCUUGUGAUGGAUUUCUCGUUGUAUGGGGGAGAAGGAAGCGCCAGAUAUGUGGUUAUGACCCGGGAGCCAAACCCGGGGGUAUCGACACUAAACUGA